AUGGAUUUUUUCAAGGAAAAUCAUAAAUUAACUAUUUCAUUUCUUUUACAGUUCUUUUGUAAUAUUUUUUAUAUUUUUCUUGUUUUAGCUCUUUCAUUCAAUCAACCAAAAUUUUGCUCAGAAGCCAUUUGGAAUCCCAAUGGAAUUACGUUUGCUGAUCAAUCGGUUGUUGGUCAAGAUCCUACUGUCAUUUUUGUGAGCAUAAACAACACAAUCUAUGCUGCCAAUCGAGAAAAUAAAACAAUUCUGAUAUGGCAUGAAGAGAGUCUCAAUCCAACAAAGAUCAUCUAUGAUAAUUUUACAAAGAUCUCAUCUCUCUUCGUGACAUCAAAUGGUGAUAUUUAUAUUGGUGAUAGUUAUGGUAUUGAGAAUGGUCGGGUACAGAAAUGGAGUGCAAAAACAAAUAACUUUGUCACAGUGAUGAAUGCCGCCUCAUCAUGUGAUGGUCUGUUUGUCGAUAUUAAUGAUACUCUUUACUGUUCAAUGUUUCAUUAUAAUCUAGUAGUGAAAAGAUUAUUAAGUGAUUCUUUAAUGACUUCAAAUCGUGUUGCUGCUGGAACAGGUGUCACUGGACAUGGCUUGAAUCAAUUCCAUGGUCCAUAUGGAAUCUUUGUCGAUGUGAAUUUGGAUUUAUAUGUAGCUGAUUGUGAAAAUGAUCGAGUUCAGUUGUUUCAGUUAGGAAAAUCAAAUGGCAUCACAGUGGCUGGACGUAAAUCACUAAAUCCAACAAUUACACUUAACUGUCCAUAUGGAAUUAUAUUAGAUACUGAUAAAUAUUUAUUCAUUGUGGAAAAAAACAAUGAUCGCAUUGUUGGUUCAGGUUUGAAUGGUUUUCGAUGUUUAGUUGGAUGUUAUGGAUGGGGAUCACAAUCUAAUCAAUUGAGAUAUCCAUUUAGCUUUAGUUUUGAUCAUUCUGGAAACAUGUUUGUUACUGAUUCACGAAAUGGUCGAAUUCAAAAAUUUCAAUACUUGGAAGAAUCAUGUAGUAAGUUUAAGAUGAUCGAAUAA